AUGUCAUUCAGUCAAAUGAGACCUCGAACAUCACAGUUGGUGGAGCUCCAUGUUUUUUAUGUCCCAGAAGAAGUGUGGAACUUUAAGCUGAAUACAGUUCCUGUAGCUCUUACUAGCAAGUUCAUUUCAGCUGGAUUUAUAAGGGUGUCUCCUCACGUCACAUUAAGACUGCUACGGGAGAAGCUUGGAGAGUACCUGGGUGGAGUUGCAGUUGCAGAUAAAUUCAGGUUUUUAAAAUGCAUUGGGAAAAAACUAGCAGUGGUGAACUCAAAACAAGAAGCAGAACUGGAACUGAAGUCGUUUGCUCCUCCUUAUGCACUUUAUCCUGAAUUAUAUUUAUUACCUGGAGUGGAAUACCUUGAAGGUGUUCAUCGAUUAUCAUCAUCAACUCGACGCAGACAUCACUUUAAUGCAGAAGCCAAUAGGUUUGGUCACGGAGCAAGAUUAUCCAGUCUUCCCCAACAAAAACCUGGAAAAAGCGAACAGUUUUUAGAAAACAUACAAAGCAGUCAUCAGCUAGAAAAUCAGGAGAUGCACAGUCCCCUGGAAUGGGAUGAGAAAGAACCUGUUCCGGUUUUGCACGCAAAAUGGAAGCAAGACCACCACAAGAGUCAAGAAAAACAGAUACAAUGUACAAAAAUAGAUCAGAAUGGAUCCAAUGGAUCUCUCUUCACACCAAGUCAUCCAAGUCCUGCAGAUGGGGAUUCUGGAAAGAGAGAUACGGUAUUACGGACCUCUUGGCAAAAUCAUCUCAGCCAAGAUCAGAAAGAGCACAACACGCCUAAGCGGAAUGACCAAGCCAAAGGAAUUGCUCUUACUCUUCAUGUAAACCACAGCGGUGACCAAAGUCAGAAUAUAACAAACAUGGAAAAUAAUGACCACCAAAAAGACACCAGACUGAGAAGAGGCAGAACACAGGACACUGGAAUUCUUAAAACAACGGAAGACCAAACCACAGAAUAUGUAUGCAAAACACAAAGCUUGCAGCAAUACAGAACUAGCAAGUCUACAGCUGCUCCUGGUGAAAAACUGGAUAAUCAGGCAGAUGAAGACAAGCAACAAAAUUGUCUUACUUAUCCAGAAGAAUGUAUUUCGCCUCCUAGUCCACCUUUUCUGGCACCUUCUGCAAAUCCAGCUUGGGGUCCUACAAUUCAGGCAGCAAAAAACAAGAUGGUAGAACAAUUACAACAAAUGCAGAUAAACAGAAGGCACAUGGAAAAAAAUAGAGAAGAACAGAUCAAAAAAGCUAAAGCGCUACUGGAACAAAAUAAGCUGAGAAGAUACCACGCUCGUGAGGAAUGGAAAAAGAAGUACUUUGAAGCUAAGAAAGCUACGGUUUCCCUGGAGGAUGCUUUAAACAAACUGAGACAAGAUUUAGAGCUUUAUCACCAGAAACUACUCCUGCAGUUGGAAGCCAGAGAGAGCCGAAAACAACCAAACAAUAUGGCAAACUCCAAGAAUUACACAAUCAUCCGGAUUACUACAGUGCAGCAUGAACUCGACCAACUGAGGAGGAAGCUGGAUGAUACAAAAAUGAAACUUGUAAUAGAAAUUAAGAUGAGAAAGCAGGCAGCGUCUGAGGUACGAGCACUAAGAGCGGAACUGACACAGAAGAAGAUUCAUUCAGCUUUAAUUCUCCAGUCCAAUAAAAGCCGGGAAUUUAAGAGGAUGACAUGA